GUUUAUCCGUAAACACAUGACGUAGCUGGCUGAAAUUUCUGGCGUUGCCCAGCGUUUUUGGAAAGCAAUUUACUCAUGUUUGUAUUUUUCAGCACAUGUACUGUUUACUUGGUUAUUUUUGGAUCAACGCAAGCAGGUAAAUGAUAACACAUCAAAGAAAGUCAUUUUGAAUAAAUCCGGCAAUGUUUAUUGUGGCUGGGGGAGUGAAGGGUGAUUGCUAACGUUACGUUAAAUAGCUAGCGCGCGCCACUAAGAUACAAGUGAUUUUCGUAGCAGGUAAUUUAGGAUAGAAUUUUCCCUAACCCCUUUCUUAACCUCAGUCUCCUAAACUGGUACGUUAAUAAUCCUAACCUGCUACAAAAAAAGUAAAUGAGGUAUUGAAGUGGCGUGGAGUGUUUCCCAGCUAGUUAGCUAACGUUACAUGUCAAAUGUGUCAUGCCAUUCGUUAAACCACGGUCUUUUGACUUUCCGCAGGUAGCUAUGCACAGUAGCUAAGUGAUGGGCAUGAAUCGAUUAUUUAUCUUCAAUGUAGGAAGUUAUGUGCAAACAGCAGACCCACACUGGGUUGUCAUUGUCAACCAACAAUGUCCACAGUCACUGACCCUAUGCUUUUAGAUGGCAGCUAGUUUUUCAUGUGAUGUACAAAGCCUCUGUGACCUUUUUUUUUUUGCAGAAGAGAACAGCUGUGGUUUGUCCAGUACAUGGCUGGAGACUGUAUCAGUAACGAUGGAUGUCAGCAAAAGUGGUUUUCACAGGUAACUAACUGUAAGAUGAUCGUCCGGGGAAUAGACCUCUGCAAGGUUAUCAAGAGGAAGGGGGCAUAGCUAAUAAAUGCAAUUGAAAGAUGUUGACAACCUGAAUUUUUUUUUUUUUAUGACGCCUAAUCCUAAUCUUUGGUUACUCUGGGGCCAUACUUGCGAACAUUAGAAAGAGUUUAAAUUUAAACAGUUUCUCCGUCUCAAUGCGCAUCAGCCAAUUCAAAUUGUCGACAUUGUAGCUGGUCCGAUUGGAUAACCUGGCACACGUUAGACCUCUAUGCUAACCAAAGCCGCGGGAAAUAGGGGUGCUGAGGGUGCUGCAGCUCCCCCUGAAAAGUCGGAAUAAAACAAUUAUAUUAAUUAAAAAAUAUGUUAUUCUUUCUUCACAGAGGUAGUGCAUUGGGCCUUUACUAGUCCUGUAUUAUUUCUGCGUUUCGCCCACCAAGCAAGGAGUUUUUGUAUGGAGGUCAAUGAGUGUCGAUUUUGGUCACCAAAAAAAAAUGAAUGGCUUAUUUGCUACGUAAGAUUUAUUUGAUCGAAUAUACGUUUUGUAAUGCUUAAGUUGUUAUGAGUGUACUGAUAAGUAGGACACUUUAUAUCGGCGUUGUCUCGAGAUGGCUAUUUAUAUUCAUGGCAUGAGGCUAGUAGCAUAGCAUCCCUCUCCAUCGAAUACAGGCGGUUGACGUCAACAACCGUCAUCGAAUAUUCAAAAAAGGGUUACAAUGAUGAGAUGUAUCCACCAAUCCAAAGAAAGGAUAGGUGGUAGAUAUACAGCCCGCCGUACCGCUUUGUGGACAACGACUCCCAUUGCUAGGGCGGAAAGACGUGUCUUGUCAGUAUAUCCAUAAUCUUUGGCUGACCUCAACAGAUGACAGUGAUUCUUUCCUGGAUCAAGUUGUGCAUCAGCCAAUUACAAAUGUUAACGUAGAUUGACUUGAACUGACACUUUUCCAUAAGAACAUUAUCAUCCUACAGAUUGCAGUAUUGCAGAAAUUGUUUUAGUUAUUUUAAAGAACUGGCUCCCCAGUGGCUGCACCCAUUCCAGUCAUGUGAAAUCCAUAGAUUAGGGCCUAAUUCAUUUGAUUUCAAAUGAACUAACUCAGUACAAUCUUUGAAAAAUUUUUAUUUUUUUUAUUUUUCAGUAUGAAAUCUCAAAGCACUUCAUAGUUGACAGAUGUGAGUGCUACAGGGCGAUAGUCAUUUAGUUCAGAUGUCUUCGCUUUCUUGGGUACAGGAACAAUGAUGGACAUCUUGAAGUGGGGAUAACAGACUGGCAUAUGGAGAGAUUUAAUGUCCGUAAACACUCCAGCCAGUCUGCACGUGCUCUGAGGACGCGGCUUGGGAUGUCGUCUGGGCCAGCAGCCUUGCAAUAGUUAACACGCUUAAAUGACUUACUCACGUCGGCCACGGAGAACGAGAGCACACAGUGUGUCAUUGCUUGCCUCGUUGCUCAAGUGAUUUCCAUUUUUCAAAUGGUUAAUUCCUUUUGGAUAUUUUUUCACUCUCUCUGUCUGUCCUGUGCAACUACACUGAACAAAAAUAUAAACACAACAAUUUCAAAGAUUUUACUGAGUUACAGUUCAUAUAAGGAAAUCAGUCAAUUGAAAUAAAAUGAAUUAGGGCCUAAUCUACAGUGAGGGGAAGAAAGUAUUUGAUCCUCUGCUGAUUUUGUACGUUUUCCCACUGACAAAGAAAUGAUCAGUCUAUACUUUUAAUGGUAGGUUUAUUUGAACAGUGAGAGACAGAAUAACAACAAAAAAAUCCAGAAAAACACAUGUCAAAAAUGUUAUAAAUUGAUUUGCAUUUUAAUGAGGGAAAUGAGUAUUUGACCCUCUGCAAAACAUGACUUAGUACUUGGUGGCAAAACCCUUGUUGGCGAUCACAGAGGUCAGACGUUUCUUGUAGUUGGCCUCCAGGUUUGCACACAUCUCAGGAGGGAUUUUGUCCCACUCCUCUUUGCAGAUCUUCUCCAAGUCAUUAACAUUUACAUUUGAGUCAUUUAGCAGACGCUCUUAUCCAGAGCGACUUACAGGAGCAAUUAGGGUUAAGUGCCUUGCUUAAGGGCACAUCAACAGAUUUUUCACCUAGUCGGCUCGGGGAUUAGAACCAGCGAAAAUCUGAUUUAUUUGCCCUCAAGUGGUUUUUAGACUUAUUUGGCAUACUCUUAUUUUGACAAGAACAUAUGGUAGCUAACUAGCUUGUUAAUUGUUUACAAACAAACUUGUGGAUGCGCUAGAAAGCUUAACAGCUAGCUAGUUGACUGCUGUGGCUAGCCAAAAAGGACAUGUUUUUAAAGUUGGAUCUUAUCCUUUGAGGCUUUAAAAGUGUUCAUACACUGAUUUUAUGAACAUUCAAAGCAACUGGGAAAUGUCCAUGGCAGGCAUUGUCACCUUAGCUUGCUAGUUGCUACAUAACAUCUGAGUGAUAGGAAGCACCACCAAUCAGCCUACACCACUGUGCACACACCCUUCGUUACUAUGACAACUAGCGUAGCCAUGUCUGCAAAUGACUGCUGUCUGAACACAUCUGAUUUGGACACUUGCAACUUGCUGUUUGGACAGUCAGUAAUCCAAAACGAAUUUGAGCAUUAAGAUCUGCAGUGUGAAUAAGGCUUUAAUGAUAGCAGGGUAAAUUACAGCUAUUUGACAAGACCAUGAGCGUCUUCAACCUUUUUUUAUGUUGUAUAAUCACAUUUUAUUUGUCACAUGUGCCGAAUACAACAGGUGUAGACCUUACCGUGAAAUGCUUACUUACAAGCCCUUAACCAACAAUGCAGUUUUAAGAUAAGAGUUUAGAAAAUAUUUACUAAAUAAACUAAAGUAAAACAAGUAACACAAUAACGAGGCUAUAUACAGGGGGUACCGGUACCAAGUCAAUGUGUGGGGGGACAGGUUAGUUGAGGUAAUAUGUACAUGUAGGUAGGGGUAAAGUGACUAUGCAUAGAUUAAACAGCGAGUAGCAGCAGUGUAAAAAAAUAAGGGGGGGGUCAAUGCAAAUAGUCCAGGUAGCCAUUUGAUUAAUUGUUCAGCAGUCUUAUGGCUUGUGGGUAGAAGCCGUUAAGGAGCCUCUUGGACCUAGACUUGGGGCUCCAGUACCGCUUGCCAUGCGGUAGCAGAGAGAACAGUAUGAUUUGGGUGGCUGGAGUCUUUGAAUUUCUUUGGGCCUUCCUCUGACACCGCCUAGUAUAGAGGUCCUGGAUGGCAGGAAGCAUGGCCCCAGUGAUGUACUGGGCCGUACGCACUAUCCUCUGUAGCGCCUUACGGUCGGAUGCUGAGCAGUUGCCAUACCAGGCGGCAAUGCAACCGGUCAGGAUGCUCUCUGGUGCAGCUGUAUAACUUUUUGAGGAUCUGGGGACCCAUCCCAAAUCUUUUCAGUCUCCUGAGGGGGGAAUGGGCGUUGUCGUGCCCUCUUCACGACUGUCUUGGUGUGUUUGGACCAUGAUAGAUUUGUUGGUGACGUGGACGCCAAAUAACUUGACGCUCUCGACCCUCUCCACUACAGCCCUGUCGAUGUAAAAGGGUGUGUGUAAAUCUAGGCUCCAGUUGCAGAGGGAGGUGUUUAGUCCCAGGGUCCUUAGCUUAGUGAUGAGCUUUGUGGGCACUAUGGUGUUGAACGCUGAGCUGUAGUCAAUGAACAGCAUUCUCACAUUGGUGUUCCUUUUGUCCAGGUGGGAAAGGGCAGUGUGCAAUUGCGAUUGCGUCAUCUGUGGAUCUGUUGGGGUGGCAUUCGAAUUGGAGUGUGUCUAGGGUUUCCGGGAUGAUGGCGUUGAGGUGAGCCAUGACCAGCCUUUCAAAGCACUUCAUGGCUACAGUCAUUUAGGCAGGUUACCUUGGUGUUCUUGCACACAGGGACUAUGGUGGUCUGCUUGAAACAUGUAGGUAUUACAGACUCAGUCAGGGAGAGGUUGAAAAUGUCAAUGAAGACACUUGCAAGUUGGUAUGCGCAUGCUCUGUGUACACGUCCUGGUAAUCCGUCUGGCCCCGCAGCCUUUUGAAUGUUGACUGUUUAAAGGUCUUACUCACAUCUGCUACGGAGAGCGUGAUUACAGUCAUACGGAACAGCUGGUGCUCUCAUGCAUGCUUCAGUGUUGCUUGCCUCGACGCGAGCAUAAAAGGCAUUUAGCCCGUCUGCAAGGCUCUCAUCACUGGGCAGCUCGCGGCUGGUUUUCAGAUUCCUCCGGAAUCUGUAUUGCUGUGAAAGCACACGAACGUGUGUGAAACAGAUAGGCAAAAGCCUGGGAUUUUGUCAUGAAUGCGAAAAUUUUGUCUGUUAGUGCUAGUAGCCUAUUCAAGGAUGCAUCAAUGCAAUAUUGUCACCAACAUUUUGUCACAGACCAAUGGAACAAAAGUAAACCAGAAUUUGUAGGUUUAAAAUCUCUCUCUGGUGGCCAGGGUUAACCUAUUUUAAGAAAUGCCGUUGGUGGAUAUAAAGUCUAUCUUUGAUAGGCUGACGCAGAAUAAUCAGUUACAGUGGGGAAAAAAAGUAUUUAGUCAGCCACCAAUUGUGCAAGUUCUCCCACUUAAAAAGAUGAGAGAGGCCUGUAAUUUUCAUCAUAGGUACACGUCAACUAUGACAGACAAAUUGAGAAAAGAAAAUCCAGAAAAUCACAUUGUAGGAUUUUUAAUGAAUUUAUUUGCAAAUUAUGGUGGAAAAUAAGUAUUUGGUCACCUACAAACAAGCAAGAUUUCUGGCUCUCACAGACCUGUAACUUCUUCUUUAAGAGGCUCCUCUGUCCUCCACUCGUUACCUGUAUUAAUGGCACCUGUUUGAACUUGUUAUCAGUAUAAAAGACACCUGUCCACAACCUCAAACAGUCACACUCCAAACUCCACUAUAGCCAAGACCAAAGAGCUGUCAAAGGACACCAGAAACAAAAUUGUAGACCUGCACCAGGCUGGGAAGACUGAAUCUGCAAUAGGUAAGCAGCUUGGUUUGAAGAAAUCAACUGUGGGAGCAAUUAUUAGGAAAUGGAAGACAUACAAGACCACUGAUAAUCUCCCUCGAUCUGGGGCUCCACGCAAGAUCUCACCCCGUGGGGUCAAAAUGAUCACAAGAACGGUGAGCAAAAAUCCCAGAACCACACGGGGGGACCUAGUGAAUGACCUGCAGAGAGCUGGGACCAAAGUAACAAAGCCUACCAUCAGUAACACACUACGCCGCCAGGGACUCAAAUCCUGCAGUGCUAGACGUGUCCCCCUGCUUAAGCCAGUACAUGUCCAGGCCCGUCUGAAGUUUGCUAGAGUGCAUCCAGAAGAGGAUUGGGAGAAUGUCAUAUGGUCAGAUGAAACCAAAAUAUAACUUUUUGGUAAAAACUCAACUCGUCGUGUUUGGAGGACAAAGAAUGCUGAGUUGCAUGCAAAGAACACCAUACCUACUGUGAAGCAUGGGAGUGAAAACAUCAUACUUUGGGGCUGUUUUUCUGCAAAGGGACCAGGACGACUGAUCCGUGUUAAGGAAAGAAUGAAUGGGGCCAUGUAUCGUGAGAUUUUGAGUGAAAACCUCCUUCCAUCAGCAAGGGCAUUGAAGAUGAAACGUGGCUGGGUCUUUCAGCAUGACAAUGAUCCCAAACACACCGCCCGGGCAAUGAAGGAGUGGCUUCGUAAGAAGCAUUUCAAGGUCCUGGAGUCUCCAGAUCUCAACCCCAUAGAAAAUCUUUGGAGGGAGUUGAAAGUCUGUGUUGCCCAGCGACAGCCCCAAAACAUCACUGCUCUAGAGGAGAUCUGCAUGGAGGAAUGGGCCAAAAUACCAGCAACAGUGUGUGAAAACCUUGUGAAGACUUACAGAAAACGUUUGACCUGUGUCAUUGCCAACAAAGGGUAUAUAACAAAGUAUUGAGAAACUUUUGUUAUUGACCAAAUACUUAUUUUCCACCAUAAUUUGCAAAUAAAUUCAUAAAAAAUCCUACAAUGUGAUUUUCUGGAUUUCUUUUCCUAAUUUUGUCUGUCAUAGUUGACGUGUACCUAUGAUGAAAAUUACAGGCCUCUCUCAUCUUUUUAAGUGGGAGAACUUGCACAAUUGGUGGCUGACUAAAUACUUUUUUUCCCCACUGUAUCUGGUGAGGUUAGCAUAGGGCUAACGUAUGCCAGGUUAUCUGAUAGGACCAGUUACAAUGUUGCUGGUCCUAUCACAUGCAAGUAAAUCGACAAUUUUAAUUGAAUGACGCACAUUUUGAGACAGAGAAACUGUUGACAUUUUAACUGUUUCUAAGGUUGCAAGUAUGGCCCCUCUGUGUUUUAGAGAGCUGGUCACCACAGUUCACUUCGGUCCUGGUUUUCCAGAUGGCCUCGAGGCUCUGCUGGUUCACAGACUACCCAGUGGGAUCUACAUUGAUCAAUACCAACUUGCGUCUCUGAAAGAGGACACUGGUUUACAGGUAAAAAAAUUACAAUGGCCGUAGCGUUAUACAACCACAGUAAUGAAAAGCACAGGAUAAAAUAUUAUUUUGCACAAUAUACCCAACUCCAUCUGCAAAUUCUGAAAGCCAUGUUAGGUCAAAACGUAUACAUGGUAUGCUAAGUAACAAAUUUGAACAUAUUUUUCUGUUAGGUGCUUUUGGGUUCAGAGGUUGACUUGGAGGCUCCAGCACACAUAUCUGAUGAAUUAAUUGUUCUUGUGUAUCCUGCUGUGGACCAAGGAAGUCUCAAAGCAACACUCCCUAUCCAUGGCCGUUAUCACAAGCCCUCUCUUGCAGGAAAGAGAUUUGAACUUGUCUUAAUUGAACUUCCAAAGCUAAUACUCAGGACUGAUACAUGUGAGUUAUUGUGUUUAUACCCUUUACGCAUGACCAUACUUCCAAUUUCCUUCAGAGAUUCUGCUGUGUCUGUAAAUAACAUUAACCUUUGGUAAUUGGAAGUGGACCAACUUAUUUUAUGGCAAAUAUGCUUGUUUUUACCAUUAUAACUAGUUUUUUUUUGUUUUAAGGUACACAGCUCAUUUCCUUCCCUCCUUACAAAAUUGUGGAUGCACCCUGCACUGUCCACAACUUAAGCAUGUGCCAAUGGCUUGAGAUCCAACAUCUACAGGUAAAUCAAUCAGCCAAUGACAGUCACAUACACUACAUGACCAGAAGUAUAUGGACAACUGCUCGUCGAACAUCUCAUUCCAAAAUCAUGGGCGUUAAUAUGGAGUUGGUCCCCCCUUUGCUGCUAUAACAGCCUCCACUCUUCUGGGAAGGCUUUCCACUAGAUGUUGGAACAUUGCUGCGGGGACUUGCUUCCGUUCAGCCACAAGCAUUAGUGAGGACGGGCACUGAUGUUGGGCGAUUAGGCCUGGCUCGCAGUCAGCGUUCCAAUUCAUCCCAAAGGUGUUCGUUGAGGUCAGGGCUCUGUGCAGGCCAGUCAAGUUCUACCACACCGAUCUGUAUGGCCCUCGCUUUGUGCACGGGGGCAUUGUCAUGCUGAAACAGCAAAGGGCCUUCCCCAAACUGUUGCCACAAAGUUGCAAGCACAGAAUCGUCUAGAAUGUAAUUGUAUGCUGUAGCGGUAGGAUUUCCCUUCACUGGAACUAAGGGGCCUAGCCCGAACCAUGAAACACCACCCCAGACCAUUAUUCCUCCUCCACCAAACUUUACAGUUGGCAUGAUGCAUUCGGGUAGGUAGCAUUCUCCUGGCAUCCGCCAAACCCAGAUUAGUUUGUCCGGACAGCCAGAUGGCGAAGCGUGAUUCAUCACUCCAGAGAACGCGUUUCCAUUGCUCCAGAGUCCAAUGGCGGCAAGCAUUACACCAAUCCAGCCAACACUUGGCAUUGCACAUGGUGAUCUUAGGCUUGUGUGUGGCUGCUUGGCCAUGGAAACCCAUUUCAUGAAGCUCCCGACGAACAGUUCUUGUGCUGACGUUGCUUCCAGAGGCAGUUUGUUACUCGGUAGUGAGUGUUGCAAACAAGGACAGACAAUUUUUACGCACCAAGUGCUUCAUCACUCGGCGGUCCUGUUCUGUGAGCUUGUGUGGCCUACCACUUCGCGGCUGAGCCGUUGUUGCUUCUAGACGUUUCCACUUCACAAUAACAGCACUUACAGUUGACCGGGGAAGCUCUAGCAGGGCAUGCAUUUUACGAACUGACUUGUUGGAAAGUUUGCAUCCUAUGACGGUGCCACAUUGAAAGUUAGUGAGCUCUUCAGUAAGGCCACUCUACUGACAAAUGUUUUUCUAUGGAGAUUGUAUGGCUGUGUGCUCGAUUUUAUACACCUGUCAGCAACGGGUGUGACUGAAAUAGCCGAAUCCACUCAUUUGAAGGGCUGUCCACAUACCUUUGUGUGUGUAGUUACAGUAAAUGUGAUAAGGUUUGGAGUCCACAUUUAGAUUAACAUAGUGUUGAAUGUAUAAUUACUAUCAUACUUAGUAACUCCUUUAUUUAUUUUCUAAAACAAUGUUUCAAAAUGUAACAACAAAUGGUGAAUAUGAAAAAGACUUGAAUCCCCUUACCCCAAUGUUUCUUUCCUUUUAGGAGCAGGAUCCUGUGAGUUUGGAGAUACCGCUUGGUGAUGGGUCUCUGGUGGAGCCUGUGUGUGCUGGAACUCUGCUUGUUACGCUGCUGUGCUGCGUUAUCCUUUCAAGAAGUAUCUGGAGGCAUGGCGUUUUUUAGACAAUGUAAUACUAACUUACUGAUGUACUGCACAGAAAUAAGAAAGUACAGUAAGAAAUCCCCAGGGAUUCAUUUGCAACGGACUGUUUAGUUUUUUUUCUAUAAGUUGAUGGACCAAUGACUUUUUAACAUCUAUUUAUAAAAUAAUUGGCACACUGCUUCCAUGUGUUUCUGUGUUAUCAAAGAACAGUUGAUUGGAUCCUUGACAGUAAUGUACCAUACAUAGACUCUAGACCAGGGGUACUCAACUCUUACCCUACGAGGUCUGGAGCCUGCUUUUUUUC